ACAGAAAACUGCACAGAGCUCCCAGGACGUCUGUUGGAUUGGUUUCACGUUCUUCGAACGUCGCAUGUAAAAGAAGAAAUGUUUGCCAAAGGUUUACCACUGCCCAAACUUGGAGAGGUGAUUCCACAAAUGAAGCCAAAAGAGGCGAAGAUGCCUUUCCCAUCAGGUGUGAGAUUGAGACAUUUAAUUUUCAGCUCAUAUCUAGUGGUAAUACCCUCGCGGUGUCCUGUUUGCUUUAUCAUUUUAAGUUGUACAUCUAUUUGAAAAAGUGAAAUUAACAUGUUAUCUUCACAUGUGAAAAGAUAUUUCAAGCCAUGGCUAUAUAAUAAAUCGUACCUUUCACAGCAAAAAAAUGUAAAAGUGAAAUGGUUUGGUAUUUCUUUAGUGUUUAAAUAAUAAAUAAUGAUUAGAAUAUUACAUUACAAAAUUUCUCUUCUUUUGUUGAAAAAACAUUUCACUUGUUUGCUGUGCCCACUCAUGAUAUAUGUUUCAACACUUGAAGUCUGAUAAGUUUGAAAUCUUUAUGCUCUGAAAGGUCAUUUCUAGUGUUCUGAGAAGACAAUUUAUGUCUAAAAUGUUUGCUAUAAUCGAUUGCCAUUUUUAUGCUUAUUAUUAUUUUCAUGGCUUGUUGUUCAAGCACUUGAUUUUUUUUAUAUUUUGUGCGGGUUUUUUAAAUUUUCUGGAUAAUCAUUUUCAGCAAGUGUACUCUGGUACUCUGUUUGGUGUAUAAGUAUCAUAAGAAUUCAUUUGAAAAUAUCAGAUGUCAAAAUUGGGAUUUUUCCUAUCCUGAUUGCAUAUUGAUCGUGAUUCAAGAUUUUCAAGCAAAAUUGGGAGAAUCCUGGCAAGAUUGGGAUGGGAGCAUAGUCUGAACUUGUUACAACUGAAUUUUGUUGUUUCAGGCUCGAAAAAACAAGGCUGUCGAGAACCAAUCCGGACAGUGUUCAGGCAGUUGUUUGAUCAUAAUGCUGAUGGUUUAGUGGAUGAAACCGAACUGGCUGACCUGUAUGAAGCUGAGCCCUGCAUGAAACAGUUUUUCAAGACAUGUUCCAAAGGAAAGGAAGCAUUCACAGAGCCUGAAUUCUGUAGCUGUUUUAAAUCAGUUGGUAGGAGUCAAGUCCACAUUGUUUUCCUUCAGUAAAUCUUAUUCCUCUGAAACCUGGAACAGUUAUGCUUAAUUAUGCAGUCGAACCUCCUGUAAGUCACCAGGCAAAAUGCAAAGAGUAAGACUUAGUGGUCGCUUACAGGAGAUGGUUACUUAUGAGAAAAUUCUGCUGUUUUGGAUAAGUGGUUGCUUAUGGGAGAUGUUCGCUUAGGAGAGAUGGUCUUACAUGGAGGUUCGACUGUCAUAAUAGUCUUCCCUGUAAUAUUAACAUUGCAGUUUCUUCUUAGAGUUCAGGGAAGAGAUAAAUACAUAAGCUUUCAACAGCUGAUUCAUUUGUUAUUCACCCUUAGGUGUGGAACUACCAAUUAACUCUGACUUAGAGGUAGACUGAGAGAAAAGCCAACAUAUUGCAACACCACCACUGAUCUCCGUGCAAAAUGAUGUCUGAGAAGCAAGUACAGAAAUUCCAGACAGAUGAUGUGUCACUAUCCAGAUCUGGGUAGUGCUUCUGAUUUAAGUUGUGCCAAUUAAGGGAAAUUUGCUUCAACCAUUCAGAAGCACUACCCAGAUCUAUCUGGGUAGUGACAUAUGCCAUCAGUUUGGAAUUUCUGCGUUAGUUUCUCAGACUUCUAAGGCUAACUUGGAGGUAGCCUGUUCUGCAGACAAAACUUAACUCUGGUUAAGUCCCUCUGUGGAACAGUGUCAAAAUGCUCGUUCUAGGCCCCCACCUGCGUACAAUGAUUUGAGUAAUCGCCAUGAUUUGCCUGUUAAAAAUGCCAUUGUCAAUUUGCUAAUCAAGAUGAAAGGAAAUCUGAAACGCUCUUCCCUUCAGCUAGACCUGGUCAACCACCUUAGUUCUCAUAUUCGCCUGUAAAUUACUUGUUGUUAUCUUUCAGAGCCCCCUUGCUUCCACAAGCUGCGUAAUAAUUUGCCAUAUCUUCUUGUGAGGGGAGAACCACAGCCAAUUGCCGGGGCUUAUACUCCAUCUUGUGAUCAGGAUGGCUAUUACCUGCCGCGUCAGUGCAGAACAGUGGAUAAAGAUGGCAACAAAGAGUGUUGGUGUGUGGACAGGCAUGGAUCUAAAAUUGAAGGAGCAACUGAAUGUGGUAAGCAAAGUACUGGUUUUCCUGAAUUAAAACUCCUAAUGUUUGAAAAUGAUGAAUUGUGGCCAACUUGGUCUUGCAUGUACUACAGUAGUUUACCACAAGUGCUCAAGUUUUUUUGAUGAACUGGAAUUAUUUUGUACUAGGACAAAUUGAUUACUGGGAUUCAGGUUAUCCCAUUUCCAACACUUUGUAACCUCUUUUUCUUCUUUCCAAUAAAAAUUUUUAGCAUUAUUUUUCUCCUUGCUGUUCCUUAAAGUUUACAUAUUUGCUUCUUAGCUUGAUGUCAAUGUCACAGGGCAAUUUAUUGUCAAAAGCUGGGCGAUUUUACUAGUCUCAUGGAGUGGUUAUCAUGUGGUGAUGGCUUGUUGCAGUAUACUUAAGAAUUUGUUCAUGCGUUGGUGUGAUUGUUGAGAUAUGAAGCACGCGGGAAGUUUGGAGAACACGAAAGAGGGGUAAGGGUUGCCUUGAGAGCAAUUCUAGCCUCUAGAGUGCUCUCCAAACUUCCCACGUCCUUCAUAUCUCAACAUAUGCGCGUUGAUGCAUGAACCAAUUGUUAAUUAGUUGUUAAUUAAAAGCCAAUAUAUUGUCACGUUUUUUUUUCUGCAGUGGAUAAUACAGACCCUCCAGCCAGAGAGGAGGAACAAGAAGAAAAUCCCUGA